AUAGAGGGCCGAAAACCGGUAAAAGUAUACAGACUGGAGCGUUAAAUUUCUGAUUUACAUCGAAAAGGAAAAUUAAAGGACAGUCUGGACGUUUAUAACCUCCGGAAUUGAAAUGUCAACUUUCCAAGAAGGAACUUUAUUGAAGAAACUGAUAGAUUUAAAUGAAACUCAGCAGAGCAUUCAGACUUUAUCAUUAUGGGUUAUCCAUCACCGUAAACACUCAAAGGAAAUCGUACAAAUUUGGAUAAGAGAAUUACAAAAAGCCAAAGUUCAGCGUAAACUUAUCUUUCUCUACCUAGCUAAUGAUAUUGUUCAAAAUUCCAAAAAAAAAGCACCUGAACUUAAUAAAGACUUUAGGGACGUUAUGCAAACCGCUUAUAAACAUACUAUGAGGUCUAAGCCGGACGAUAAAACCAAAAAUGCUAUGAAUAGAUUACUAGACAUAUGGAAGGAGAGAGGAGUAUUCGAAGAAAGAUUUAUUAUACAAUUAAAACGAGUUAUGAAUCCAGAUAAAUCAGAUAGCGCUGAGCCAACAGUUGCUCCUAAGAAAACAGUUGAAACCGAAGCUCCUGUAACUAAAAAAUCAAGAUUAGAACGUUUCGAAGAUCUGAAAGAAGAGUUCACAUCAAAUGAUACAAUUGAACCACCAACCUGUGAAGAACUUGUUAAAUCAUUAAAAAAUUUAGAAAAUUCCGCCUCCGGUGACGAAGUAGUUAGAAAUGAAAUUGCAGCUUUACCGUCCGAAAUAUCCGAUAGUGAUUAUUUGAACAAGAUUAAAGAUAAAAGAGAAGCAAGAAAAUUGAAAAAACAAGUCGAAGACGCUGUGAAGUUGAUAUCAGAUUAUAAUGGUCGUCUAGAAGAUGAAAUAGCAGAGAGAAAAAAAACUUCUCUUUUAAUAAAAAGUUUCAUAAGCAAACAAAAAGAACAACUAACUGAGGCAACUAAAAAAUUAGAUGAACAAGAAAAAAGGCUAAGUCAUGUAGAUGUUGUUCGUAAAGAACUUAAGGAGCACAUAGAAAAUUUGCCUGAUAUAUCAAGGUUACCUAGUGACGAUUCUCCAUUACCUUCAGCAGGAGAUUUAUUUAAUGCUAAAAAGGAGCUUGGUCUCGAAUAG